ACGAGGAACGACUCGGAGGGAGGAGGAAGAAGAUAGGAGGGAAACUUCAGCAGGACGAAGCAAAGACGGAGAGACAUCGCGUCGGUACCCCUCGACAGAUGUGGGAGGCGAGUUGUCAUCAAGUGGGCGCUGCGAACAGGUGGCUGCCGUUGGAAGUGAGGGUUGAAAUAGAACGACUGGCUGCAAUGGGCCACCAGAGGAGUGACAACGAAGGCUGUUGUCCUGAUGUCCCUGGAGGCUGUUGUGGUGAUGUGCCUGGUGAUGGCCAUCGUUAUGUGAAUCUUUUGUCUGGGCGGGGUGUGAACAAGUGCUCCAAGCCGGCAGCGACAUGGAAAACGGCAGCCACGUACGCAGUUAUAGCCCUGCUCGGCUGCUGCUGCUUUGCCAUCGCAGUCUGGAUGACGAUAAUAGGCGGGAUGGUGAGGGACGGGGCGUGUUGUCGGGGCUCAGCUACAGUCAGAGUGCCGGACAGGAGAGAAGAUAACAUUGUGCGGAUCGAACCUGCGGGAGAAUCCGACUCCCUAUAUGUGCAUCGGCGUCAAGGAAGCAAAGAUGAAGACGCGUUAGCAGUGCAUGGCACACUGCACAUGGCAACGGCGCUGGGGGAGCAGGUACCGCCAUCAGGCAUCCUGAGUGUGUGGGAAACAGGGCUGAUAAAGGCAAACCGCCUUGUGCUUUACCAUACACCCCAGCUGGAGACGCUGACCUACAUCGAACCGACGGAGGGGAACCACUUGUACUGCAUCUGCCUUAUUCGGGACUUGGUAUUCCCGCCUCUGCGGGACAGCCUGAGUUCCGUCGUCGUGUUCUACUACGUGCUGGAUGAACGCUGCUAUCCGAGCGAAAACGCAACCGAAGACGAGCGGCUGAUGUCCAUCAGGAAGGCGAAUCUGACUAUGAGUUCUGUUGGGGAGUCUCAAGUCACUCUUGACUUAGACGUGAUAACUUAUUUGUGGCCCCUUGCCCCACGGACGGGACCAAGACAAGCCUCCCCUGUCCUCUGGAAGGGGUACGACAUCAGUAGUGUCCCGGUGGAUGCGUUUUCCCCUGUCGAACUUUCCCGGCUUGGAACUAAUCUCGUCCUUGCAUCCCAGAGAACUAGCGGGAGUGGGAGAUCGCACGUCACGUUCGUCUCUACGGUCUACGGCAAUCGAUCUUCAGUGGACAUAGAAGCAGACUGGACGGAGGGCUUUGCGUUCAAUCCGGACAAGACGAAGCUGUACAUGAGCGACUCCGAAGACCCUCCGCGACUAUUCUCUUUUUCGUUAAAGGAGGGGGAGAUACCGCUUGGAGACCAUGCUUGGCGGGACGAGGAGACGAUCUUCAGUGGCGGUGUCAAUGGGAGUACGAACGUCAGCAGUGUGAAGUUUGGCAGUCGGAGUCUGACAGCAGACGGGAAAUGCCUCUACUUUGUCGACUAUGUGUCGAACAGAGUGUGGGCAGCCAACCUUGCCUCGAAUCCGUUCAAUCUCACGCUGGUGGCGGGAUCAGGAGAAGCCGGAAGGGUUGAUGGAGUGGCAUCCCGAUCCUCAUUUCAUGGAUUGCGAUCUGUGGUGGCGACUUCAGAUGGAUGCAAUCUAUUCACCACGGAGAUCAGUCCGCCGGGAGCUGUUCGCUGGCUCCAACUCGAUGAGCCCUGUGGCAAGGCAAGGGUCGUGGUCACCAUAGCGUCAUCCUUUAACUUGGGGCUCUGGGGCCUGACCCUCCAUGACGAUGGGACCAAACUGACACGGUACGUAGGAUCGAGCGCGGGACACUUGUUCCAGCUGGAGAUCGAUCGGUCCCUUCUUUACAUCUGCGAAUCUGCAGUCACUACCCCCCCCCAAGACUCCUCGUCCGCUCCACUGCUCUCGGCGCCAUCUCCCAUCCCGUCUAGGAGUGACGCGCCUCCCAGCCUUUCCUCGGCGCCAACUCCUACCCCGUCAAGUGACGCUGCAAUCCCUAGGCAGUGGUCAUCGUCAGCAGAAGGAGAACCGACAACAACUCCAUCCUCCACCUCCCCCGAUUCUGAAUCAAUUCCCGCACCCGGUAGUGAGUCUCGUGGCACUCGGCCGUGGGGUUCGAUCGCCAGUCCAACUGACCUCCCCCCCUCUUCCAGCACUGCCCCUCCUCCCCCCCCAGAGUCAUCAUUGCCUUCAGAAGGAGGACCAAUAACACCUUCAUCCUCCACCUCCCCUGAUUCUGACUCAAUUCCCGCACCUGGUAGCACUCAGCCGAGGGGCUCUACCGCAAGUCCAACUGACACCCCCCCGCCUUCCAGCACUGACCUGCCAGACGGCGCCUCGACCCCCAGUCCAAGUAACCACCCUCCCCCCCCCUUCAGCAGUGAUGCGCCUACCGGUAGCCACACUCCCCCUUCCGACACGAAUACCCUUAGCAGCACUGCCACUGGCAAGGAGUCCUCCCACAUUGCCGCUAACCCCGGCAACAGUUUGGCUCUCCCCGUAACGGUUGCCGUGCUGGCUACUGUCCUUGGUGUCCUUGCUGUAGGCAGACUGUACCGAAUGUAACAGAGGGCGAUAAAGCCGACAAGGGCAA